AUGACAUCUGAAAUUUUAGUAUCCAAACGCACUGAGGUUCAGCCUCAUGGCAUGCGAAAAAAUGGUAAGCAAUGGCAUGAACCCAAGACCGCGUUCAGACCACGAGCGGGUAAUCAAUCCUAUGAAAAGAGAGUUGAAGCUCGGAAAGCUAUGGCUAUAACGAAGGCCAAAGAGAAGGAAAUGAAGGAGGAGAAGGAAGAUGCAAGACUGAAAAAGAUCGAAGUCCUUCGUGCAAAAAAAGCUGCCAAAGAAGAGAAGGCAAGAUAUGAAAAGCUGUCAGAGACUAUGCACAAGAAAAGGGUCGAUAGGUUAAAACGAAGGGAGAAAAGAAAUAAAAUGUUGAAAUCUUGA